AUGGAUCCCGACAAAGCUACCGAUCAGUAUAUAGAGGUGGUGGAAGAUGCUUCAACUAAGCAAGCCCCCAGAGCGGAAGUGGAGGUCAUGGGCACGGUGAAAUUGACAGAAGACACAAUUGUCUAUAUUCCGGCUCCCACAACUGAUCCUCGAGAUCCAUUGAAUAUGUCCCGAUGGCAGAAAAUCAUAAUUCUCAUUGUGUUAUCUACCUUCUCUACAUUGGGCGUGUCGAUGGUUUCCGGGUUUGGAGGCUUGAUUACCUUCUAUAUUCCCGAGUAUGCUGCUGCUGGAAAAGACUACGCAGCCAUUUCUGCUCUGAUGACAUAUCCCACCCUCUUCAUGGGAAUUGGAAACCUUGUUGGGAUGCCUCUUGCUAUUGCCGUUGGUCGUCGUAUAGUAUUGUUGGUCUGUACGGUGAUUCUAGUUGUUGGUGCCGUUCUCUGUGCUACAGCUACAUCAUACAACUGGCAUCUGGGGGCUCGCAUGGUAAUUGGAAUAUCUGCUGGACAAAGCGAAGCCUUGGUUCCUAUGAUCACACAGGAAGUCUUCUUCCUACAUGAACGAAGCAAAUUCCUCAUGGCGCAGCAGACAGUCCAGGUUAUCCUGUCCACCAUUUAUUGCCUCUUUGCUAGCCCUAUUGCAGGUGCUCUGACACCGCAGGGCUGGUAUGGACUUGGGGCAGGACUAGCAGGUGCUCAGUGCUUUGUGGCAUUCUUUUUCCUUCCAGAGACUAAGUAUAAUCGAGACUUAUCCGCAUAUCAGGAACCUACCAGUACAUCUGAAGAUGACUUGGAAGCAAGCAAGUCUGGAAAAGCACGAGUAAUGAUAUGCAAAGAGAAGCCUCCUCUCGACUACUUAAACUUUGAGAAACGGACCUGGAAGUCUGACAUGAGACUUUGGAUCGGAGAGCCUGAAUGGUAUAAGGCAGUGGAAGUACUCAAGCAAACUUGCGAAUUACUCUUUUUCCCAAAUGUGCUUUGGGCUCUAUGUCUCAAUGGUCUCACAAUUGGCACGAACAUUGCGAUGGCAACAACAUACGGCACCAUCCUCACGGCUGCCCCAUACAACUGGCCCGAUACAAGUACCAGCUACGUUAGCUGUGGACAGAUAAUCGUGGCAAUUAUUGCCCUCCCUCUAUUAGGUACAGGGUCGGAUAAAUUGGUUCGAAUGCGCGCGGAACGCAACGGUGGAAUACACGAACCAGAAACCCGGAUCUUGCCUUUGAUCUUGCCCAUAAUCGUUGGAACGAUCACAGCCAUAUUCUAUGGACAGGGUGCUGAGCAUCCAGAGAAAUAUCACUGGUUUGUGUAUGUGUGGUCCAUUGCGGCAUACUAUUUUGCAUUCGUGGGAGCAAAUAUCGUGGCUAUCACAUACCUGCUUGAUAGCUACCCUGCGCGUGCUGGACCAAUGUUGAUUAUUAUAUGUGCUUUUAGGGGGUUUAUUUCAUUUGGCACGAGCUAUGGAACUAUGCCGUUUGUGGAGAGUCAUGGAUAUGAUGGCGCGUUUGGCACUUUUGGUGCGCUUACGGCUGUUUUGGGCGUGCUCGGUGUGCCGAUCUACUUCUGGGGGAAGAAUAUCCGCCAAUUCACUGGCAGAUUUGCGAAAAGCAAGUCGGAUUGA